AUGUCCACGCCAGCACCGGAUGAGGGGCAGGUUAUCCCCCUGGGACGCCAGAUGAAGGAGCAGUUCCCGCUGGAUCCAGCUUUUAGGAGCAUGAAUCAUGGUUCCUUCGGCUCAUGUCCGAAUGUCGUUCUCAAAGCACAACAGAAAUUCCAGGCUGAGCUCAAGCAUAAUCCGGACAUAUACAUCCGCUUCACAGCCCCCGUACAUAUCGAUGCCUCUCGCGCUGCUAUUGCAAAAUACCUUAACGUGCCGACAAACGAGGUGGUGUUUGUCAAGAAUGCCACGACGGGCGUCAAUCUGGUGCUGCGUAACCUGCAGUAUCAGCCCGGCGAUGUGAUCGUGUACUUCUAUGGGGUAUACGGCGGGUGCGAGCGGACUGUGGCUUAUGUUGUUGAGACUACGUGUGUUAAGGCGAGGAAAGUGAUGCUGGACUUCCCGUGCACCCACGACGAUAUGGUACAGCGGUUCAUGGACGUCGUGAAGCAGGUGAAAGCUGAGGGAUUGAACGUCAAGGUUGCGCUGUUUGAUACUAUCUCUAGCCAACCGGGCAUCCGUCUCCCAUUUGAGAGACUGGUGGAAAUAUGUCGCGAAGAGGGCAUCCUAUCGUGCAUCGAUGGCGCUCACGGAGCCGGCCAGAUUACACUAGAUCUGGCAGCCUUGGACGCAGACUUCUUCGUGAGUAAUUGCCAUAAAUGGCUCUUCACGCCGCUGGGAAGCGCCGUCUUCCACGUUCCUGUCCGUAACCAGCAUCUCCUGCGUUCGACGAUGCCCACAUCCUGGGGCUUCUUGCCCGCCCCCGACGUCCUCAACCACGCAGCUCCGGGCCAUAAAAAUGCUGUACGCUUCCGUGGUGGCCUUCCAAGUACCGGCACCAAAUCAGAGUUUGAAAUGCUUUUCGAAUACGUCGGCACAAACGAUGAUACACCUUACUCCUGCAUCCCUGCGGCGCUGGAGUUCCGACAAAACGUCUGCGGCGGGGAGGCACGCAUCAUGGAGUACUGUGAGAGCCUGGCUUUUGAUGGGGGCAACCUCGUGGCAAAGAUUCUUGGAACAGAAGUCCUUUGUGAGCCAGGUGCCGAGAACCAGACCGUACGCGGUGCGAGCGCGAUUCGUCGUUGCGCCUUGGUUAACGUGCGUUUGCCAAUUGGUGUGGACGAUGAAAAUGGGCAGCACGAUGGAAAAGAGAGGUCCUAUCCUGUUCUCAAGUCGGAGGAUGCUGGAGUCCUAGGCCAAUGGAUCGAAAAGGAGCUCCUGUUCACAUACAAUACUUACGUUCCUGUAUUUCAGCUGGGCGGCUGGAUGUGGACUCGCCUGAGUGCACAGGUUUAUUUAGAUCUGGAGGACUUUGAGUCGACAGGACACACGCUAAAGGACAUCUGCGAGAGAAUAGGAAAAGGGCAAGGGCCUGAAGGACUGGAAAUAGAAAAUGGUGUUGGGAACCUCACGAUCAGCUAG